GGCGCGGAGCGUGGAUUUGCUCCUCCGUUGGAGCACGUGAAAGGAUUGCGGCGGGAAAGGCGCGCGGGCGUUCGGGAGGAGCCAGGCUCGUUCGAGCGCCUCGAGGCGACGGUGGCAUUGGAUACCGGGUGUGCACCACGACUUUGGCGCUAGUGGUCGUGAAUUCACGAGGCGAGCACAACUUCGAGUGAAGAGUGACUUUCGUCGCGUCGAUAAACAGCGAGCGGCGGCGCCCUGGACCACGGUCACCAUCAACAUACCGAAGUGACUGCACAGCCGGGUGUUUCGGCCAGUAUUUCCAAAGGCGGCAAGAUUCGGCCACCGGGAAUGGGGCCACUUGCGUAGGUGGCAGUUUUUAGACUUGGUGUCACUCUCGUUUGCGGAGGACAGCGGCAACUCUAAAGGUGACGUGUCCGUGAACUGUCACUGCUUCCGAAGGGUGAUCAACAUCGCAGUGUAGAUUCCACCUCAUCGGAAAGCCGGCACUGACGCCUACACCCUGCUACAGGUUCGAUGAAGUUCAUGCGUGACACUACGCUGGUGUGACGCUAAGACUGACCACGCUUCGUGCUUCUCCGAAUUGCCAGAGUGCACCUCACUGACUGAGGAAACAGCAGGCAGGUGCGGCUAAAGCCGCUGAGUCACUCGGAAGCGUGUAUACCGGAGACGCAUCGCAAGGGAACAGCGCCACCGCGCGCACCAUGAUGGACACUUUGUCCAACGACCCAGAAGACGGUUCUCUGCAGAAAAAGAAAGCGAAGAAAUUCAGGCUGUUCGGCAAGAAGAAGUCUCAACCCGCGCAGCUGGACCCGAACUGCCCCCAGUGCAACCCGCACCUUCUGUUAGCCCUCGAGCAACAGCAGAGGCAGCAGCAGCUCUACCUGCAGCAGCAGCAGCGGUUGCAGUACCACCACCAGCUCCAGCAGCACCAGCAGCAGAUGCUGGCCAAGGCGGAGGCGAUGGCGGCGGGCAGGAGGCAAGGUCGCCGAGCGAUGGACGACAGUCCAGGCGCCAUCGUCGAGGACUACGGCGACGAUGAUGACGGUGACGAAAUCAAGGUGGUCGCCUCGUCAUCCACCAUGCGAGAGGGAGGCCCCUCAGCCUCCGCCGCGGGUGGCGCUCGGGUGGCGUGCGACUGCCACAGAUGCCAACAAGAGCGCUCCGAGAGGCAGCUCACCGUCGAGCUUCUGCCGAUGGACACGCAGGUGCCGCUGCAGAACAUGAUGCAGGACGCUGGAGUCUUGUGCGCCCUGCUCUAAAAGAAGCAGACCCCGCCCCUGUCCUCGGCAUUCUGCGGUGCUGUCCUGGCCGUUACUCCCGCGUGUCAUGCAUUUAUGUGUGCGUGUGUGUGCCACUGUGUAGUCUCAUGUGGCACCAGUAUUGUAUAUCACACUCGUGUAAGCGUGUACAGACACGCUGUGGUUUAUAUUGGGCCAACACCGAGCACAGUUUCAUUGUUUCAAUGGGCAUCAAUGUUCGCGUGCAUUCUGGUGUCUCGGAUGUCGGUGCGUCCGCGAAAGUGCACGAAAAAAUCAGAUUUUCCCCAUGAUGUCAAAUUCACGUGGUGCUUGAAGGUCCGGUCCGCAAGAAAUGAAGCACCGGAUGUCACAGUUGCGCACACACCGGGAUUCUUUUGCGCACUCAUGUGUCACGAAAAGUGACGCUUGAAGAGAGACUAAAGGAAAAUAUUAUGUCAAGCUAGAUUGACACAUUAGGCUUUUGCAAAAACCAAUAUGUUUUUCGUAGCGAGAACAGAGUUUUAUAAGCGAGAAAAUUACUAAAAUAGAUAAUCGGAUUGGCGCCACCUGUUGUGGGCUGUAGUAGCUUUCAUGUGACGUCAGCAAUGGCCGACUUACAGAAGGAGGCGUCGAGGGAGGUCACGUGGUGAACACGUCAACACCUCCGUUUCGGCGCGGGCAGUUCAAGUUGAGGAGCAGUAGCGACACCUUCAGCGGCCAUUUUGUACGCAACACAAUGACAUAUUGGCGCAAGGAAAACAAUAAUGGACUUGUAGAGGAAUAACCUAUCAAUCUAGCUGGACCUAAUAUUUUUCUUUAAUGCCCCUUUCAAUAUAAAGCAGGCGCGUCACAUUCACGUUGUUCUGUUGCCAUGAGAGCUAGGAGUACUGGCUGUUCUAAUUUGACAUGUUCCGCGGUCGACUUUCAAGGCGCAGACGCCUGCGCAGACGCCGCGACAGUCACACAUGGUCUUUUGAUGGCCUGUACCAGAUGAUCGUGGCAAACAUUCAUAAAGGCCACGCCCGGGUGUGGCAAUUCUUUUGGGACGCACGCAAAUAUGUGUGCGCACAAUGAGCCAUCACUGCAGUGAAGCAAGCUGCGUUGAAAAGAUAACGUCGUUGAACGACGGAAAUGUCAACUAAUGUCUGUAAACCUAACGCCAAAUUUUGGCAUGAAAUAACUAGCUUCAUUGGGGCCUCAAAAUUACAAUGUUGGAGCUAAGUACCUUAGUGUAACUAGCAGAUACUACGCUGAAACAAGAAGUUCAAGUUAGCCCUCAACAGAACAGAACAUAGAGACACUCGAGAUCAUGACUCGAGAGAUUGUUUACAAAAAGAGAAUAUUUGCAAUUAACUGUAAACUAUUGAAGUCGCUUGAACACUAUGACUUCGAAUGUGUCUGAAAGCUCAUUUAAGAAAAGUACUAUACGAGUUCGUUCUUGUGCAAUAAAAAUACAAUUCGUGCGCAAAAAAAAUAGAUAAGUGGUAAUCCUAACUGGUGGUGCCCUGGUGAAACAGUCGUCGUACAAUACUAUUGCCUAUUCCCAUGUACAUGUUGGCCAUUCCGAAAUCGCGGCUCACCAUUGCUUGCACAGUGUAUACUCAUCCAGCCACGGAUCACAUGACCAAGCGCUAGAUUGUUGCCGUAAUAUCUCCAGUAUUGACAGCGUAAUUUCUAUUUUAAAUUGAAUAGGACAAUUUUUCACAGGGAAGCUAGGCGCCGCACUAUUAGCAGUUCAAUAAAAGUUCAAGCAGGCGAAUAUGCAGCGAAUUGCUAAAUACAACCUCCAUUUUUUGGCCCCCAAACCACAGACAAUAAAAUAGGCAACGCGUCUUUGAAGACGCGUUGAAGGUUCCGAACAAUAACUACACUACAUUUGCGACAUCACAUUCGCGUAUAGACUCUGCAGUUCAUGUAUACCAGAACCGAGGCUGCCGCCUCUAUGUGUUGAGGUUCACAUGGAAGCACCACACAAUUUUUUACCGGCCGCAUGGCGCUUGGACUCGUGUAGCAUGUUCUUAAAGUCACCUUUUCGCGUUUUAUAAAUGACCUGAGACGUUGCACUUACCACCAGUCUAGCGCGCACACUGUGUUGACGUAGGACAAUUUGUACAGGAAAAUCAACAAAAUGAAUAAAGAGAGAUGCCGCAGCGCACGAGCUCCGUGGUAAGCGAAUGGUGGUGCACACAACACGAUGGUUAUGCGUUAAGCUGGUAGAGCAGGGUAAGUAACCCUCAAACUUGGGUAAAGUCUACUUGACAACUGCUUGCAAGAAUACCGAGCACACGCGUUCAAGGACGCGUCUCUUCUGUGUCGCGUGGUCUGGAGAUUGUUUCAGCUUGUCACGCAAGUAUUACCUUUUGUAGUGUUACCGUCCCUCUGAUGCGUAGCGAAGAGCCGCAGUUCCAUUAGCGAAACCAUGGUGAAGCGGUUUUCAAUUAAUACGUUCAGUACUCGAUCGUAUAUUAAAUGCGUGACCAAAUUCCGGCCUUCACAUAGUAUUAAGGCUUUCGAAGUGACGUAUCUACAGCGCUUCUGCCUCCAAGAAGAAGCA